CUACCGUGUCUCGAAAAGUGCACUCAUGCAGGCGCUCGACAAAAUAUGGUUUAUCGACAUGCCAACUCCGGUGGAGUGGCACCCCAAAUGGGAGACUCAUCGUAGAGACAACCAGCGUGGCAUCCUUUCGGAUGUUGUCGCCAGCCGCAACAAAAUUACGUUCAAAUUCGACCACGAACUGCCCCCCAUGAACCAGGAGCAUGAUAACACCAUCGACUUGACGCCCAUCGAAUCUGACCUCCGCCGCUACCUCGACCUCGUGAACGGCCUGCAUGACAUAUGUCGAACGAUUGCAUCUGACACUACAAGCUUUCAAACACUAUCCUGGCGGCACGUCUGCCUUACCAAUCACCUCGCAAACGAUUCCACGCCGUCUUCAAUCGACUACUUCCUCGACGUCGAGCGCGGCAUGGUCAUGUUCGCAUUAGCGUGCGUUUCAACCCUGCAAGCGGAACAGCAAAUGUCCCAACCAUCCCAUAACGAGAACUCCACCCUUUCCACUGUCAAAGACACUUGGCGUCGAGCUGCGGGGCUUUUUCAUGAAGCCGCCACAAGGUUGCCACCGUCGUUGUCCUUGCAUCCGUUUCUACAUGUGUGGGUUCAACUUUGUAUCGUCCACGCACAUGCAGUGGAAAUGCAACAUGUUCAAGACAAUGUUGACUCGUCGAGUGUUCAAGUGGCUCGAUAUCACUCGGCGCUCAGCCGUGGUGGCCAUUCUGCUUGUGUGUUGGCCCAGACGCACAUUGCUCACAUGCACGCGACCUCUACACCGUGCCAUCAGUUGCGGUGGUUGGUGUUAGCAUACAAAGUACUGUGCAAAGCCGCGUAUUGCAUGAACGAGGUCGUGUUGUACGAAUCCAAACCAGACAUUGCGCUGCUGUUUUGCGACGCUGUGAUCAAGUCCAAAUUGCCCAUGCCGCCACAGUAUCCCCAUCGCGGAUUUGUCUUUUUCACGAAACUGAUGCAAACCCUGGUCACGGCGCAUCAAACCGUAAUUACACGCGCCAUGGAUAUGAAAUCAAUUCUCCAGGACAAAGUGCCCCCCUCGACGCCGCCGCAACUUCGACCAGAACAUGUACAAGCGUUCCUUUCCAUUGAUUCGCUGCAACUCAAUUCCCUGCAGCCGGUCUUCCCGCCUGACUGUGUUGAUUCCGCGCGUUUAGCUGUUCGCGCUGCAUUUCUCGACCACAAUUUGUCAGCUCCGUCAAUUUCAUUGACAUCCGCUUCCACACCCUCCCUCAACUCUGCAACUCACGAAGCCCCAUUGGCAAUUACAAGUGUGGGACCUGUGCAAGUCUUGCCAAAGAUUGGCUCGGUUUCCCCUGUUCACUUCAACGCAGACUCAACGACCUCACGGGACAUUCGAGUCGCGAUGCGAGCUCACAACCUUGGCCUUCUCCCUGACUCAGUCGCAUCGUCAUCACAGCGGUCGACAGAAUGGGAGUACGGUGUUGAACCAUUCACUCCUCGGCAUGACGCUCGUCAGCUCGUGCGUGGUCUCUCGCUCCCCACGCUUUCACUUUCGACAACAUCGACAGACGAACCAAAUACGCCGCCAGUUGAUCCCUUCACCCACGACCCCACCUGUACUUCGACCAACGUUAGCGGCAGAAGGGUGGUUAACACCCAGCAAGAGAGUCCCCACAGCAGUCACAAUAGUGUCCACGAUUUGAGCUUCCAACACGACCCGCCAUUAACCCUUCAAGAGCUGGAUUGCCUCGUUGGAGCCAAACCUUCAAAACACGAUGGGUUCAAAGUCGCUGUCCAUACACCAUACUUCGAUGCCUCGUCGUCAUUGCUCCACCUUCAUAUCGAUCGAACAACAUCGCAUGGCGAGGCCACUUCGACCCCUAAACUCAACCACAACAUGGUCACAUCGAAGCGAAAGGCCUGUGCACUUUGCACACGCCAGUUUCCAGUAGUUAACCUCGUCGGAGUCGUGUUGAUGAAGCGCAUUCUGGAGCUGCGUACUGCAUGGGGUUUGACAACGGCUGGAACUGCCAAAUGUGCCCCGGCGUCGUAUUUGUACCGCGAAGUCCGGGUUUGCAUUCUAUGUAGCGACAUAUUAUAUGGUCUUGGACACAUGCCGACGGGCGAGGCAUUACCGCCUUCGACUGGCCAAGAAUCUCCAACCAAAUUGAUGUCGUCAGCCUCCACUCCAACAAUCGACACGAAGACCUCACGCCUUCCGCCUAGACCAGCAUCAUCUUCAUCCAUAAAGCGGAGCACCAGUAUCGGCAAACAUGUUCAGCAGCUGCGCAAGCAGAGCCUGUCCACUCAUACGUAUGCAACAACUGCAGCGACAACCCCAUUGACUUUUGUGGAAUGCAAUGGCAACAAUCCCAGCGCCAUUGCAAGCGAUUCGAAUCAAUUUGUCGACGAAAUUGGUUACAUGAUUCACCAGCGCAUUCUCAACGACGCGCUCUUACUCCAUGCUCCAUCGCAAGUCCAUCAUUGCGUGGAUUUGACGCAGCGCCGGCGGGGGGUCGUCGCGUCGCAAAGCUCUGUGCUGAUGCUGGGAAUUGCGUCGAAUGCCAUCAACCCCGUUGACACACAUCGAGGCAUCCACACCCGUGAAGAGCAAGCACCGUGGUGGGAAGUCGACUUGGGCAGCCACUGCGAUAUCUCGUCUGUGGAAGUGUGGAAUUGUGCCGACAGCGACCCACAAGUCGCCGCCCGGCUGUUUCCUUGCUACAUUCUACUUCUCUUGAAGCCAGGACACCGACGACCGCUUGUGGAACUUCUUGGCGUGGCUGUAGAUUCAACCAUGCUUGCUACCCCCAGUCAACCGUUGCGCUGGCGGCCAAAAAGUGGCAGCGUGUGCCGGUAUGUUCGGCUGGUGGUCGACAAACACACAUAUCUCCACGUGGAACGCGUGCAUGUGUUUGGGACUCCAUUCAAGGACGACCUGAUGAUACAACGCCAUUCCAUCAAGAAAAAACAGCCAUCAACUCGACCGGCCACGGCGGCAGCAACUCUGUCAACGCGACCAAAGACGCAUCUCACACCCCUCUGCAAGAAUUCUCGCAACCGCUUCGCGCCGACGACGACCGUGAUGACAGCCGACAUUUCUUCGAUUCCCAUGCAAUUUCAGCAAGAACGUCGCCGCACGGUCGGCGGUCCAACCUCUGCCAGACCAAAGAGCGCAGGAUUUCUAUUGCCCACAGAGUCGAGCCAUCGCCGGGAUCAACUCACUCAAGUAUUGCGUGAACAACUUGCACUGGAAGACCAACUUAACCACCCUUCUAUGCACCAACGCCCAACGUCGUCAUCGUCGUCCACCACUCCGCCACCAACCACUCCUUCAUAGUGCCAUUAGCAUUUUCGACGUAUUUAUCUCAAGAUGCCGUUUCGAAUCGAGGGAGACGUGCACGGUCCCGCAGACGUGAGCAUCACGUGGUCCUUCCAUUUGGCCACGCCGUUUUCGUCCGAUACCAGUCCCUAUCGACGUGCAUUCGCCCAUCACGCCAUUCAAUAGGAAUUCAAAUCGACGCACCUCGCCGGCAGUGACCAACACCUUCUUCUUCUCAACUUGGGCAGGCGUCCACGGCUCACCCGUCAACCCUUCGUACAUGACUCGCUCGCCGAUGCCAGCACCGGCGGGGGGUUCCACGAACGCGACGUUUUCCGACCCGUCUUCGUUGGUCGACACGGCACAUAGCACCAUUCCGUGGCUUUUAAACCCGACCAAGUUGCGCGGCUUGAGGUUGCACAUGACGAGGAGGCGGCGGCCUUGCAUCUGUUCCAACGUGUAGUGCUUGACAAGGCCGCUGGCAAUUUGGCGCGGUUCGUCUUCACCGACGUCGAUUUCUUCGCAGUAGAGCCUAAUGCCACAACACAUGAACGUUCCGC